GGGGCCCUACUUUGGAUGAUGAAGAUGAAGAAGAAGAAGAAGAUGAAGAUCCUGAAUAUCUUGGUGCUCCAAUGUAUGAAUCAGAACUGGCACCUGAGGCUUAUAAAGAAGCAGCACGACAACACCCACGAGCAGAUCCAGUGGUAUCCGAGAAGCAUGCUGUUCCGACCAGCAUCAAACAUGAGUUUAUUGAACAAGACAAUAUGGAGAAAUUACCUGAUAGCCCCAGUAAAACCAUAACAGAAACUGUAACAGAGAAGUUAGCACCAGCUUAUGCUGCAGUCUCUGAUGCAACCCACGCUAUUGCUUCAAAAAUUUCAGGCCUCACUCUAACAAAUAGCAACGAGCAAGAAUCUGGGAACGAGCAAGCAGCGCCAAAAACUGGUCAUUUUGCUGAGAGUAAUGUGAAUGCUAGUGGUAUUAGCAGCCCAGGAAAAUGGGACAAAGGUGUUUCAGUAAAAGAGUACUUUGUAGAAAAAUUUGAACCUGGUGAAGGCGAGAGAUCACUUUCUCAAAUCAUAACUGAGGCUAUGAGCCCUAGGCAAGCAGCUUCUGGUGAUAAAGGUAUAGUGGAGAAGAUGAAGGGUGCUGUAACGUCAUUUAUUCGGCCUGACGAUUCCCCUAAAUCAACGGAAAAUAGCAUCAAAUCAUCAUCAGCUCCCAACAAUCCCAUUUCUACAAAUGCUACUUUGUCUCCUAAAUGUCCUAGCUUAUCUUCUAAGAACAUCGUUAUCUCUACUAAUGAUAAUUUGCUUCAAGAUAAUCCCAUCGCUAUGCCUCAUAAGAGUCCCAUUUCCACUACCAACGAAACUGCAGCAUCAUUAUCCCAUUUUCCUGAGUUCCACAGUGCAAGCUCAUCACCUCUCAACUAGUGUUCACGAAGUUGUUGAGGAACAAAGCCAUGGAAGACUUCUCCAACCUAAUUAACAGAAGAUUGGUUACAUACAUCUCGAAAUAAAGAAUCAAUCUACUGAUUCCGUUUUUUGUGUUAGUGAUAAGCAUAAUUAAAUAAAGAAAGAGCAUCUGUAGCAUUUUGUUUUGAUUUUUAGAUACGUCGCUGCUAUAUCAGCGACAAGUUCUUUUUUUAGUAGUGUCAACAAAUCUUUUCUUAAUUAUAUACAGCUGAUCGCAAAUUUGUUUGGGACUGAGGCUUAGUAAUAGUAGUAGACGUUGUUGUUGUUGUCAACAAAAUUCAUUUUGAAGAGUUGUAUCGAGUCAUGAAGAACAUUCUUAGUAUGAAUGAUUUAUAAUUGCUGUGCCA